CUCUGUUUAGUUCAGUUUAUCCGUACAGUGAGACACAGAUUUCAACAGAAACAGACAGACAGCAGUGAAAACAACAUCACUGUCAUUAUACUCGAUUAAAUAUUAAUAUUUUUUAAUUAAAUAAAUACUUCACUGUCCUCAUUAAACUACUGAAGACUCGUCACAGAUCAACGUGUUUGGUGUAGCGUCUUUAAGUUAAGCAACUCACUAAUAUUUGCAAUGGAGGAGCUUCAUAUCCAUUGCCUGAAAUGUGUCAACCGCAGAUGUAUGAUAAGACCAGAGCCUAGCAUUUCCUGUGACCUCAUGGGUUGCCCUCUUGUAUGUGGGGCGGUUUUCCACUCAUGCAAACUGAAUGAACACCGCUUGCUGUGUCCGUAUGAAAGAGUCCCAUGUCUGAACCAUGGAUUCGGAUGUCCGUUCAACCUUGCCAGGGUCAAAAUAGCACAGCACCUUGAAACGUGCCCAGCCAGCGUUGUGUGUUGCACUAUGGAAUGGAAUCGAUGGCCAGUGAGUUAUGCUGAUCGCAAGUCCUACGAUAACUUGAGUAAGGAGGUUUGUGACGUGGAGCAGCUCGACAUGGCUUUGGCCCUCCAGGAUCAGCGAAUGUUGCUGGAAUCGCUUAAAGUGGCGACCACUUUGACAAAAGCUCUGGAGAAGCAAAGUCAGGACAAUUCCAGCCCCCAGGAUUCAGACCCAGAAAAUGAAUUAAUUGAAACAGAUGAGGAAUCGUAUGGUGGACCUUACACAACUUCAGUGGAAAACAGUAGAAGCUUUGCCGCCACUUUGGACGUACUCCGUAGUGCAAAAAAUAUUGACGUUAUUAUGGAGAAUCCUGAUGGUAAGGAACUGAAUGGAGGUUGCAGCAGUGUUAGGAAUGGCGAUGGGGGCUUUAGUAAUGACACAACAAAGGAAAGUGACACUGAUUCGGAUUCCGAUCUGGGAGCGGUAGGUGGUGCUGACUGUCCUUUUCCAGUAGACCCUGAAGACGAAAGAGAUGAUUGGUUGGAGAACGGUGGAUGCGGUGAAUCUUCUGAAGAAGAAGGCGAAAUGAAUGGUGGGAUAGAACUCAGUGGACUUCAUGAUGAAGGGAACGCUGACAGCCAGGUUAGACUUGAAAGGGUCAAUGCCUCUUCAAACGUAAGGCAGGUUUUACCUGAUCAUUCCAUACCUGUUCUAGCACGGGAGCCUGAAAUGGCCCACUUGCCCCAACUACCUCUUCCUUUGCCCAUCCCUGUGCCUAACCUGAUGCACAACAAUGUUCUGCACCAUUUGCCUUUUAGAAUUGAGGACCGAUGGCUGGAGCGCAAGUUAGAGAAUCUCCAAGUACUCAGGGGAAUGAACUUGUUUACAAUCAACGGGCGAAGGACUCUGUUUUCCGACCCCUAUAUAUUCAAAGCCAAGAUGGAGGACAAGGCGGUGGACACAUCAGACCUUGAGGUGGCAGAUGAUCCGAUGGGUCUUCAUGGCAUUGACCUCAUUACUGCUGCCUUGCUCUUUUGUUUGGGAGACUCACCUGGAGGUAGGGGCAUCUCAGACAGUCGCUUUGUAGACGGGUAUCGAAUUGACUUUGGCACGCAAACCUUCUCCCUCCCUUCUGCCAUACUGGCAACCAGCACCAUGGUAGGUGACAUCGCCUCAGCAUCUGCCUGUGACCACGCCAGUCCACAACUCUCUAACCCCAGUCCAUUUCACACCCUCAGAUUAGACCUCGUUCUGGAGUGUGUGGCACGCUAUCAGACCAAACAGCGUUCGAUGUUCACCUUUGUAUGCGGACAGCUGUUUCGCAGGGACGAGUUCUCCUCCCAUUUUAAGAACGUCCAUGGUGACAUACAUGCUGGCCUUAAUGGUUGGAUGGAGCAAAGGUGCCCAUUGGCGUACUAUGGAUGUACCUACUCACAAAGAAGGCUCUGCCCUUCAGUACAAGGUUUCAGAAUCAUCCAUGACCGACACCUGGGCUCCUUUGGGGUGCAACCUGGGUUAGCAGCUUAUCCCAAUGAGCCUCUAUCCAGAACUGACACCUGUCAGUUCAGGUCCCACUGUGACCACCUUAGUGACCUGCCCUUUGAGUUACUCCAGCACAUUGCAAGCUUCUUGGAUGGCUUUAGCCUGUGCCAACUUUCCAGGGUGUCUCGCACUAUGAGGGACGUGUGUGCCAGUCUUCUUCAAUCCCGUGGCAUGGUGGUCCUGCUCUGGGAGAAGACAAAGCGAGAUGAUGGAACCACAUCCUGGCAGAUACAAGACAAGGUGUGGCGGUUCAGUACGGCGUUUGACACUGUGAACACGUGGAAGUUUGCCAACAUUUCCAGCAUGGCUGAUCACCUCAAAACGUGCAAGUUUAACACCAUAGCACGGAGAGAAGAGGCUGUCCCACUUCCAUGUAUGAGUUUCACAAGAGAACUUACAAAAGAGGGACGCUCUCUACGUUCAGUGCUUAAACCAGUGAUAUAGACUGUAGUCGAAAUUCAAAUGAGGAUUUCAUUUUAUAAUACAAAAUGCCUUAUGUAUUUAGGUGAACCGUGGGAUUUGUUUGGUGACGUAAUCAUUAAAAUAAGAGCCUCAACUUAAACCACUUUUGGAAGAGAUGUUUUUUUAAUAAACAAUAUCUACCUGCUGUAGUGAUGAUGGUUGUGCUGUGCACUUUUGAUAUAGUAUAUUCAGAGUUUUUUUUUUUUUU